AAAGUGAUGACAUCCGAGAGCGCCGCCACCGCCGACGCCAUGAACAGCGUAGGGGAGGCUUGCACCGACAUGAAGCGUGAGUACGACCAGUGCUUCAAUCGCUGGUUUGCCGAGAAAUUCCUCAAGGGGGACUGCUCCGGGGACCCGUGCACCGAUCUCUUCAAGCGCUACCAGCAGUGUGUUCAGAAAGCAAUAAAGGAGAAGGAGAUUCCUAUUGAAGGACUUGAGUUCAUGGGCCAUGGCAAAGAAAAGCCUGAAAGCUCUUCUUGACCUUGACAGUCACCUUGAAAACGGACUCCUCAAAUCAGGAAAUUGAGGACUCUGGAUCGUGUCAGUUAAAGCUGUGAAGAUAGCAUCGAUUUGAUGAAAUUAGGAGAGAGGAGUUUCCUGUCCUCCUUGGUAUUUUUCUCUCAUUUGUAAAAGAUGAUGAAAAAAAUCACUCUUUGAAAUUUCUGGCUUUGGCAUCAGCAGGAACUCAGUGUGCUAAAUAACGGGAUUAUGGUUGCAAUACUUGGUCUGGGAACGGUUUUAAAUAUAUCUUGUAUGUAAAUGCUGAUAAGCUUGUCAGGAUGACCAAGGUUGCCUCAGUUAUGCUUCGAAGGACAUUACUUGUACACUGUACUGGGGUUAUUGUUCAUGGAAGCAACUGGUUAGGCUCUCUCUUUUCUCUCAGGGAGACAAUGCUUUGGAAAGGUUUCCCAGCACAACAGUUUCGAUCAAUGCUUGGGAGUUUUAUUUUUAUAUAGUAACUUAACUGUUAAGAUUGCUGGUGGACUGGGUUAGCCAAGAGGAAGACAGCUUUUAACAGUUCCCUACCUUAAGAAGAGGUGUCAGAUCUCAUUAAGAUGUGAAAGCUUCAAGAACACUGUGAACACCAUCUCAGAGCUCAUGGUGUAAUUCAGCAAUUAAGAUCCUUGGAGUGGCUAUGCAGGAGGAUCCUAAAUUGCAAAGAUUUGCUGUUGCCAGCUUUCAACUUAAGUAAAUUAAUUAAGUCAACCUGUGAAUCAAAAAAGUGCCAAAAUGCUGCAUCUGGUUAAAUGGGGGGAGAAAAGAGUUCACUUUAUUUGCCUCCUUUACCCACCCUGCCCUGUAAUGCCUGUAAUCAUGAAGAUGGAACUGUAACGUUUAGUUU